AUGGAAGAGGGGAAGGCAGAGAUAAAAAAAAACUCUUCAAACUUCAUCUUCUUUCCUUGUGGCUUGUGGUCUCCUCCUCCUCCUCUGCCCCCUCAGAAACCUCCUCGCCCUCCAAAGCCUCCCUGGCCUCUGCCACCAAAUCCACCUCGGCCACCUCUGCCACCACCUCGGCCUCCGAAGCCACCUUCACCCUUAGGCUUGGCCCAGUCCAAAGUAACGUUGUUUCCAUCAAUUUCACCAUCUUCCAUGGCCUCCUUGACAGCUUUGGCAUCUUCCUCACUGUUGAAGUCUACAAAACCAGACCCCUUGGAGGAUCCAGUCUCCUGGUCAGUGACUAUCCUUGCACGAAUCUCUAAUGUCUCUUCUGUAGUAUCCUCAGACAGACCUUUGACAAACAGAGUUUUGGAUGGUUGGCUUCUUGCAUUAGGUGAUCCCCUGGGUCCUUGCAACUCCAGCCUGAUUGCUCUGCCCUCAAUUUCCCUUUUAUUACAUGAAUUUAAAGCUUCUUUAGCGUCUUCAAAUGAAGCAACUUCUACGAGAGGAGUCUGCAAGGUGUUGUUCUGGGUUCCCGCCGUCAUUCAAAGGGCAAACUUCACAACGUCCAGAGCAAAUGAAGGAGGAGGAUGUCCUCAAAUUCCUUGCAGCAGGGACCCACUUAGGGGCCCCCACCUGGACCUCCAAAAGGGACAGAGCAUCUACAAAAGGAGAAGUGAUGGCCUCCACAUCAUAAAUUUGAAGACUACCUGGGAGAAUCUCUUGCUGGCGGCUCGUGCCGUGGUUGUCACUGAAAACUGGGCUGAUGUCAGGGUUCUCUCCUCCAGGGAGACUGGCCGGCCAGCUGUGCUCACGUGUCCUGCUGCCACUGGGGCUGCUCCUGUCACUGGCAGCUUCACUCCUGGGACCAUCCAGGCAACCCUGCAGGAGCCCUGA